GGAAUCCAGCCGCGGCCGGCCGGGGAGCUCCUUGGCAACGGGGCGCUGGAGGAGUGAAUUUACGCGCACCUUCAGUUUCAAGUCGGUGCAGAAUUUUGUUGACAGGAAAUAUCAUCUUUAAAAUCUUCGGAUGAAAAUAACAAUAAACGACCAUUUAAAAGAAAAAUAAUAAUUUAAAAAAAUAAUAAUGACUCUGAGGACCCGGGAGCAGAAAUUCCCCUGAGCCGCUCUCACACACACAGAGCUCGCGCGAGGGUCGGCAAGUGUUCGCGCGAGCGGUCAGAAAGAUGCUGAGGAGAUGCUAACUGUUAGCUAGAGUUUUCACCCUUCCUUUCUUUCCUUUUUUUGUUUGUUUUAAAGACAUAAUAUUUGAAAUAAUAUUUAUUUUUGUUCUUCGGGAUACUUAACAAAAGAGUCGUGUGAACAAAGUAACUCAGGUCGGGGUUUUUUUCUUUCUUUUUCUGGACACAGGAAUUCACCUCAGCACCAUGACGAGGAGCUUAAAGACAAACUGAGCACUUUUUUCUUUUUCUUUCUUUCUUUCUUCAAGAAAAAAAAUUUUAUUUUCAGUGCAAAUAUGAGCUGUUUCUGCUCCACUCAAGAGGAAUUCUACUGCGAGGUGCUGCUUCUGGAUGAGACGAAGCUCAUUUUAACCACCCAGCAUCAGGGCAUUAAGAAAUCCACCAGGGGCUCCGUGGUGCUGGAUUACGUGUUCAGCCAUGUCAACCUGUUAGAAAGCGACUACUUCGGCCUGCGCUACUGCGACCGCAGCCAUCAGACAUAUUGGCUAGAUCCGGCAAAAACCCUGGCAGAACAUAAAGACCUUAUAGCUACCGGCCCACCAUACACGGUGUAUUUCGGCGUUAAAUUUUAUGCCGAGGACCCCUGUAAACUAAAGGAGGAAAUUACAAGGUACCAGUUCUUCCUUCAGAUAAAGCAGGAUGUGCUUCAAGGAAGACUUCCAUGCCCCUUCAGUGUCAGUGCACAGAUGGCAGCUCUGGCAAUCCAGUCUGAGCUCGGAGAUUAUGACCCGUACAAGCACAUGCCAGGCUACGUGUCGGAGUAUCGCUUUGUUCCAGACCAGAAAGAAGACCUGGAGAACACUACUGAGCAGAUUCACAAAACACUAAUGGGUCAGACGCCUUCCGAAGCCGAGAUGAAUUAUUUAAGCAUGGCCAAAACACUGGAGAUGUAUGGGGUGGACCUUCAUCCUGUGUUCGGGGAAAAGCAGUCUGAAUAUUUCCUGGGUUUGACGCCAGUCGGAGUUGUAGUUUACAAAAAUAAAACCCAAGUUGGGAAGUAUUUCUGGCCAAGAAUUACGAAAGUAUUUUUCAAAGAAACACAGUUUGAGCUGCGCGUUCUGGGGAAAGAUUGCAACGAGACAUCAUUCUUCUUCGAAGCUCCCAGCAAAGCGUCAUGUAAAAACCUUUGGAAGUGUUGUGUGGAACACCACACCUUCUUCAGAAUGCCGGAAAAUGAAGUCAACACACUGUCAAGCAAGCUGUCCAAAUUCAGCUCUCUGGGCUCCAAACAUCGUUACAGUGUUAUUUUUCAUAGUGGGAAAACCGCCAUGCAGAUGGGAAAAGAUCAGUGUAUCGGUUUGCCCAGGCCGAAUCUGGAGGUGGUACGCACACGCAGUAAGACUUACCCAAAGAGGAGCACCCAGCCCACAAGCUUGAACAAUGGGAGCCGAUCAGUCACAAAGGCAGGAAAUUCCCUGGGUGAAGGCCAGGCUAAAGCCAGCACGCUCUCACCAGCUAAGAGCCCCAAAGUGUCCAAGACGGAGAGUAUUUCAGAGGAUCAGCCAAGCAAGCACACGGCCCCUUGGGAUGAGAACGCACCACAGAGCGGGCUGUACAACUCGGCCAGCGAGCGAAACAAAUCCCCCAAAUUCCCGAACACACGCAGACGUUCACCCUCAGGAGGCAGCGAGAACGAGGUUAUGAACUCCUCGAAGCACAGGUACAGCAGGAAAGGCCCAUGCAGUGAGGAGCCAUCCAGCAAACAGCACCGGAGGAGGUCACGUUCCCGUGGCAACACAAGCAGCGGCAGUGAGUCAGAGAAUUCCAACAGAGAGCAUCGUAAAAAGAGGAACCGGUCCCGGCAGGAGAACGAGAUGGUGGAUUCUGGGCCACAGUGGGAGGCUGUGCUUCGCAGGCAAAAGGAGAAAAACCUGAAUGAUCCCAACCAUCGGCGCUCGCGCCAUCGCUCUCGAUCGAGAAGUCCGGAUGUUCAAGCGAAAGAGCAGUUGUGGAAGCAUAUUCAGAAGGAGUUGGUGGAUCCAUCCGGCCUGACAGAGGAACAGCUGAAGGAGAUUCCUUAUAAGAAAGUAGAAACUCAAGGUGACCCGAUCCGUAUCCGGCACUCUCACUCUCCUCGGAGCUACCGACAGUACCGGCGCUCACACUGCUCCGAUGGAGAGAGGUCUGUCCUCUCAGAGGUCAACUCCCGGACUGAUCUGGUGCCUCCACUUCCUGUUACACGCACUGUAGACAUGACAGGGUCCAGUACUGCCACCUCACAGAAGAAGAAUGGAUCCAAAGACAACCUGUCUGAGAGCUCUGGACAGGAGACAAAAAGCAGCAUCAAGGUGGCAAAAACUUCACACAACUCUCGGACAAAACACGAAACGUGACCGCUUUCAGGAUUUUCACCCUGAAAGGUUAGGAGAGGGUAAUGGACAAUAAACAGUACUGAGACCUGGAAGUAUUCAACACCAAUAGAUAGAAAUUUCCAGACAGACAUGGAGCUCUUAUCUAAAAGAAUUUGAGAUGGCUGUAUCCAUGCCAUAAGCUUGUCUGAUAAAUAAAUUGGUGUUCAUUUAAAGAAAGGCAUUUUAUACUUAAUUGAACAAACAUGAUCAUUCCAAGCACACAAGUGUUUUUAAAAACCACUCAUUCUGUUCUGACAAUCAAGUGAAGGAUAACAAAUCAUUUAGAUAGCAAACACUGCACAGGCUUUAAGGUGUUACACUAAACACUGGGUUUGACAUUUUAUACAGUAUUAAAUUUUCUUGAACUCGUUAUCGUACAUGUGGAUAUUAUCAUGCAAAGAAAUUGUAUUUGUGUUCUCUGAUAAUAGACUAAAUCCUGUAAGAAACUGUUGCUGCUGUAGCUCUUUGCAUUGUCUUUCUCUGCUGUUAGGAAAUACACUGAACACGGUUAACUGUAGCUGAGCUGGAGACUCAAUAAAAUAAAUUCUUGUCAAUGGCAA